CUCCACGAAUGAACGAACGUCAGAUGCGUCAUCUGAGGAGGGGGAGGGCCGGGGCAAAGGAGGGGCACCCUGACAUGGAGUCUGCCAGCUCCGUCAGCCCUGACUCGGCCCGGAGCUGAGCUCCCCACCUGCCAGUAGCCCAGGAGAUGGAGCAGCCCAGCCCACGUGCCCGGCCUUCCGCCCCUGACUUCACUUGAUAACAAACCAGAAACUGAAACAGGGUCGGGAUGCCGGCUUGGAGUUAGAGAUGAGUCACUGCUGAGAGCAGCUGCAGUAGCUGAGCAGUGGCAGCAGAGAGGCAGACGUGAGCUGAGGGCGCAGAGGCAGGCAGCAUCUCUGAGGGUCCCCAAGGAACAUGGCUGGGAGCCGUGAGGUGGUGGCCAUGGACUGCGAGAUGGUGGGGAUGGGGCCCCGCCGGGAGAGCGGCCUGGCUCGUUGCAGCCUCGUGAACGUCCACGGUGCUGUGCUGUACGACAAGUUCAUCCGGCCUGAGGGAGAGAUCACCGAUUACAGAACACGGGUCAGCGGGGUCACCCCUCAGCACAUGGUGGGGGCCACUCCAUUUGCCGUGGCCAGGCUGGAGAUCCUGCAGCUCCUGAAAGGCAAGCUGGUGGUGGGUCAUGACCUGAAGCACGACUUCCAGGCACUGAAAGAGGACAUGAGCCGCUACACAAUCUAUGACACGUCCACCGACAUGCUGCUGUGGCGUGAGGCCAAGCUGGACCACUGCAGACGCGUCUCCCUGCGGGUGCUGUGUGAGCGCCUCCUGCACAAGAGCAUCCAGAACAGCCUGCUUGGACACAGCUCGGUGGAAGAUGCGAAGGCAACGAUGGAGCUCUACCAAAUCUCCCAGAGAAUCCGAGCCCGCCGAGGGCUGCCCCGCCUGGCUGUGUCAGACUGAAGCCCUGUCCAGCCCAUUCCCCAGGGACUAGAGGCUUUCGGCUUUUUGGGACAGCAACUACCUUGCUUUUGGAAAAUACAUUUUUAAUAGUAAAGUGGCUCUGUAUUUUCUCUACGCCAUCACUGGGUCCUCUUCUUAUUCCUCUCUCCGAGCUGGGUUAACUGUAGACAGGACCCAUUUCUGUGUGAUGUUAGGAGGGAAUGAAGUCUUAUGCUGGGGAGGUGGGCAAGUGUCAAUUUCCUUAAUAUCUUGAAUCCUGUGGGUCCAAAAUGCAGCUUGGGAAUCUAAGUAGCAUGUGGCUUAAUUACUAGUCCCACCCUUUGCUGUUUCAUUCUAGCCCUAUUCCUGGUGCAUUUAUGCCUAGAAAGGUGGUAUUUCCUGGGGUGGCAUUCAGCUCCUCUUGAUUUUGGUGCCACAGCAUUUGUGGACUUUGAGGUGAAGGUAUAGGAAAUGUCAAGGGUGCCACCCCAGCAGCCUUGAGCAAGUCACCCCUCCUCUUAUUUGUAAAACGAGGAAGGAAAGGUAACGAACUGUGGAGUCAGAGAGAAGUAGGUUGGAAUCCUGUCUUUGUCAUUUAGUAGCUGUUUGACCUAAGGUGACUCACUGAACUUCUCAGUUUCUCUAUCUGUAAAAUGAGAAUUCUAACAACUCGUAGGGUAUUUGUGAGACAUUGCAUGCAAAGCCCCCAGCACCAUGCCUGUCCUAGCUUAAGCACCCACCAGGUGUCGAUAAGUAAUUGUUCUUCCCUGGACUGCCUGCAGAUCUAGGGUACCCCAGGAAGAGUCGCAGCACUCUGUUUUGGGGCUCGGCUCUCUGAGGGGAGGGCAUACUGUACAGGGAGGAGGGUCUGGACCAGAAAUCAACUGCAGAAUUCUUGUUAUUUUCAUAAUAAUUAGUAGUUUAGUGCUUACACUAAAUAAAAAUCACUGGAAUGGU